AAUACGUGUCGCCCGCAGCGAGGACAAAUUGACCGGAACUCGGCCGGGAUAAGAUGGGCUGUAGACAUUCAGGUGUGUAAUGCUUGUUGUAAUAAACCGGGGAACUUUCACACUUGCAGAGAACAUUCCGGAAUUGAACACAAAUUGGACACAGUCAAUUGGUUGCAGAUAAUUGUGGCUCGGAACUACACUUUUAUUUCUUGAGAAUUUCACUGAAUUGUUUUCGAAUGAGAGAGUAAUGGCUGUUAGUAUACAGCGAUCGAGCUUCGUCGGCCGUGCGUUGUGACGGAACCUCGAAGGAAUUUCACUAAAACGUGUAUUGUUCAGAAAAAAUACAUCUAAACUGGUUAUGCUGGUUUCAUUGAAGAACAUUUUAAAUACAAUAGUUUAUCGGGGAAAUAUAUGUUAAUGACAUCGUAUAGGACCUGGCAGACCUGAAAUGGAUAUGGAUUGACAGUUCGGUAGUCGGAUUUCAUCGACGUUAAUGUUACCGGGCAAGUAUUAGGAAGAAUUCAUAUCGAAAUAUCCAGCUAGCGAUUAUGGAACGGUCAAAUGAAUAUAACUUACGCAUGUCUCGAAGAUCACGUGGUCGGAGACGGAAUCACGAGCCAAACAUGUCGGUCAAGUCCGGAACAUACCAGAUCCAUUUGUCCAUUCCAAGGUCAAUGCUACCAGGAAAUAUAUCUAUAAAGGCAGCUAACAGUCGGCAACGUCCAAUGUCUCCGUUUGAACGCCGCCCCUUAUCACCGCACGUGCAGCAACCGAGGUCACCUAUAGAACAUGCGCAGAGGCCAACAUCACCGUUUGAGAACCAAUCAGCAUCGCCGUCACCACGUGCACUUCCUACGAAGUCUUCCAUGUUUGCCGUGUCUCUUCCAAUGGAAAAUUUAACUCCUAGGUCCGGACAAAACGGACAGGGUAUUACUAUUAUCCCUGACCCGGGGGAACUCUUCUCAAGUCCGAGAGAGAUUCAGAACGGACAUGUCUUGACCCCGAGGUCAAACACUAACGGCAAUACGUCAUUUAAAGUACCGCCGCCAUUAGACCUAUCAGCAAUCGUGCUCCCAAAAUCGCCGAAUGGCGUUGUUAAAAAGCAAUAUGAGGCAAGAUCACCAACGAUUUCUCAAAAUUUCUACCGAGUGGGGUCAAGGUCGGCCAAAGACACUGUGAAUAGAAGUAAGUCGUUUACCGCGAGGCACUUCAUAAAAAAAUCGGAGAGAAAUUCCAGCAACACUCUUCCAAGAUCAACAUCCAACUACAACUUCACUUCUAAUGGAACUUUUCCAAGGUCAAUGUCGCCACCCUUGUCGUCACCCGUGUCGUCACCGAGGACGCCGGUCAACGAAUCACCGAGGCCAAAAUCCCACUAUGCCACGGUGACGCCUGGUGGUGUGUUAGACGAUUCGGUGACAUCCAGGUCAGUUCUAGACACUUCCGUUACCAGUCAAAGCAGUUUCCGGGGAAAUAUGUACGAGACAUACAGAGACCUCUGCCGACAGAAUGACAUGUUAUUCAAAGACCCGGAUUUCCCAGCCAUGGAUGAGUCGCUUUUCCGACAGGGAAAAUCUCCAGUUGGUCAGAUACAGUGGAAACGUCCCGGGCAAUUGUGCAAGAAACCAAGAUUUAUUUCAAAUGAUGUCAUGGAUUGUAAGAUUCGAUCCGGAAAACUAGGAUCUAACUGGCUUAUUGGCUGUUUCACCUGCCUGACGGGCGCACCCUCCUUAUUGAAAUAUUGUAUACCGGAAGGACAAGAGUUUGGUGAUAAAUAUGCUGGUAUCUUCCGCUUCCGGUUCUGGAGAUUUGGACAAUGGACCGAGAUUGUGAUAGACGACCGAUUACCCACGUUGAAUGGCGAGUUGUUAUACUCCCGAAGUAAUGACCCCGCGGAAUUUUGGCCGUCUCUAUUUGAGAAGGCAUAUGCCAAGCUCCAAGGUUGUUACGAGGUUUUCCUAGGUGGAGUGCUGGGUUGGUCACUUCAGGAUAUCACAGGGGGUGUUACCAUGGCAACGAAUAUCCAAGACGAUCCCAAGUUCGUCCAGAAAGUUGUGGAUAUUGGGUUAUCCAGAGCGUCACUAAUCGGUGCCUCAAUACAGGGCACUACCAACGGUAAGGCCAAGACCAUCCCAACUGGUCUAGUUGCUGGUCACGUAUACAACGUCACUGGGUACGCUGAGCUACCUGCGAUAUCGGAAACCAAAGUGCUCAUACGUCUUCGGGAUUGCUCCGGAAUGUCAAACUGGCAAGGAGCUUGGAGUGAAGGUUCGAAACAUUGGGGUCAACUCACUUAUGACGUCAGAGCCCAAGUCCGGAAGAGGAAGAUGGAGGACGGAGAAUUCUGGAUGUCAUUCGGAGAUUUUAUCCAGAUCUUCACUCUGUUGGAAUCGUGUUUCCUUACGCCUGAAUCCUGGAAACUGGAACCUAAGAUACAAUACCGGAAAGCGUGGCGGUCCACCCAGGCAGUGAGACAGUGGCGCAUUGGGUUCAACGCGGGGGGUCCCCACACGUCUCCUUUGGUGUUCAGUAACUGUCAGUUCCUAAUGGAACUGGAAAAACCUUCCUGUGUAAUGCUGUCGGUACUACAGAAAUACAGGAGUAGCGUAAAUCGAGUACUACUACCCGUCGGCUGUCUGGUUUAUAAUGUUGCAAGAUCCUUUGAUACCAGGCUGGGAUAUUCCGAAUUUAAUCAACUGAAACUGAUGUUUUCAACGGGACUUCACCAAAAACGUGAAAAUACUGGACUCUACAUACUUCCGGCAGGGUACUACUUAGUACUUCCGGUGACAGGUAGUCAGGAAAUGGAAGGGAAGUUCCUGCUAAGGAUAUUCACGGAAGGGGAUUCAUCUAUCAGGGAACUGGACGAGCCUGACAAUGUGAUCCCCUACCAGUAUGACCGGAAGCUAGACACAACCAGUUUAUUUUCCUUCCGCCGGAAGUUCCUAUACGCCAUUAAUCAGGACGAUGAGGUUGACGCUAAAGGUCUACAGGGUAUCCUGGAAUACAAACAGAGCGAACUACGUAAUCUUUGGUGCUGCAGCUCUGGGAACGAGGACGGUUUUACGUUCAAGCCACUCCGACUGUCUCUGGAAACAUGUAAAUCCGCGGUGGCCAUCGCUGAUCGGGAUUUAAAUGGCCGUCUUAACUACGACGAGUUCAAUCACCUCCUCCAUCUUCUCAUGCAUUGGCAGGAAAUCUACCACAAGAUGGUUAAUGGAAAUGGUGAUAUGGAAACGUACUCCCUGCGGAACGCUCUCAAAAUGGCGGGUUUUACUGUCAGUAACAAGACUCUAGAGGCGCUGGUGAUCAGGUUCGCCAACAAAGGGACGAUAACUCUGGAAUCCUACGUCAAUGCUUUGGUGAAGCUGAGCGUAGCCCAUCAGCGCCGAGAGAACUUACCUAAAGAGACCUCAAAGGAUCAAAGUGCAUUCCUACAGGAGCUCCUGAGAACAGCAAUAUAUUCUUAGCCAGACGAGACCCCGUCAACAGGUUGUGGUUUACUUGCUGUCAAGUAUCUAACAUGGCCGCACUAACAUCUAAUCUGAGAAGAUUGUACUCCUGCCUAUCGAAAGAAUCGAGUACUUGGUCUGACGAAAUCGUGCCCGAUACAAAGAUCUGCCUAAUACCUUGCCUAUCGAGAAUGUCUAGUUCGGAAUUGAAACAGCAGUUUAGUUUAGCACUCAAACCCGUCAUGUCGAUGUUCUCCCUACCUGCUACUACCCCGAAACGAGACUUUGAACCAAACAGCAAUGGAAUCUUGUUAAAUAUCAACACAGAAUAUGAGCCUGUUCCGAAAUAUAUUCUUCUUCAACGACAACGACGACGACGACGACGACAACAACAACAACAACAACAACAAUAACACUUUUCCCUUUCAAUCGUCUGUUUCGCAAUGUUUUCCCCUCUCUUGGCAAAUACAUGGAAAUUGAUCCAAUUAAGCAUUUAAUGUACUGGUGAGUCAUCCGAGAUAAUACGAUAAACAAACACGUUCGCUCGGACAGUGGCGUAUGUCUGUCUGCAUGUUUCAUGUCGGUAGCGACAACAACAAUAUGCAUUAUCAAAUACGUGUCCAUGCAUUUGAGCGUAAUUGCUGAAUACCAUGACGGCGGGCAUUUUUAUAUAAAUAAUAUAUGUAGUAGCAAUCUGUUUUAUUAAUGAGCGAACUGUUCUCCGAGACGGAAACCUUGCCAACGCCACAAGCGUAUCGGAGAUGUUUUUAAAAUUUUGGUCGUGGUAGAAAUAAGUAAAUUUUUAUUAACAUCUCUCAAGAUAUAAUCGUUUUCUGAGGAAUACUUAGAAUUUGUUCUUAUUUACAAGGUCCCCUGCUUUGAUGCUUACCGUUCAUGUACAUGCAUGUGCUAAUGGAGAGGAAGCAUGUCGUCUUCCGAGCGGUAGGCAUGGCUGGAUGACGAAUGUUAUGAUUGACAUCAUAUAGAUUUGUAGUUAAUUACAUACAUACGUAUAUAUAUGCCUGUUAACGCUGUAUUGAAUAUUUCCCGUUUUACUUAUUUACGUUUCCCCCUAAAAGCGAUGGAACGUGACUUGCGUUCAAACUAUAGUUACCAUCAUAACAUUUAAGCAUUUAAGCAUUGGUAUCCCAAACAAUUACCCAUCUGCAUCAUGCUAUAAAUAGAAUCUUAAACCAGUUUCCAUUUAGUAAGAUUUAGAUUUUUAACUCGCAAUGGUUAUGUUGAAAAAAGUCUUAAGAAAGAGAAUGCUAUGUCAGGAAUCUCUAGAAAAUAAUGCUUACUAAGUAUUUACUAAGUCUAUAUGCAUAAAGGUUUUUGCCACGUAUCUGGUAUUUUCAGUUUAUUCGAGUGGUCGUUAACGACAGGUUUAUGUAAAACAUUAUACCGAAUAUUACAACGAUGUAAGUCAUAUCUUAUUGGAAUAUUAAAGUUACAAUAUAGAUAUUUUAAUGUCUACUUACGUAUUUUUAUUGAAAAAUAAGUUAUAUAACAAUAGAAAUUUAUAUUUUGUAAACGUAUUUCUUUACAUAUAUGUUGUGAUAACCCAGUUUUACCCGAAAAUAAAAAUUAUUUUAUACUGUUA